ACAACGGCAGAACAGUAUUCUAAUAUCUUAGGCAUUGAAAAAAAACAUACAAUCAUGAAUUUUAAAAAUUGUAUAUUAUUUUUAUAUUUGAUUGUUCAUUUGUACACAGCAAAUGCAGGGAUUUGCGAUAAUCCGUCGGAACUAGCCAGACUUUAUACAAAGAUUUUAGAUCAAGGCAAAGGUUACCAAGGUGUUACCAAGGCUACAGUGAAACAGUGCAUAAUACAAAAAAACGUGAUCAAUGAAUUUAAUAUUUCUACAAGAGAUGAAAAUAAGAUACUUAGUUCCGUGUGGGAUACUACAAUGUCACAGGAGGAAUUUAUAACAACAAUAACAUCAAGACUUACUUUUUGCCAACUCGCUAAUAUUUAUAAUGAAUUCGACACAAACUGUCCAGUUAACAAGAAAGCAGUUCAAGAGUAUUUACUGAAGAGAAAAGACUAUUAUGAACUAAAUGUCGAUGAUAUCAAAGUGAUAACUAAACCAUUGAAAGAUGAUGGUAUGUCAUGGGACGAAUUUUAUAUAUUAAUGGUUUUUAAAAAAUAAUGAAUAUGCUACAACACCGGCCGGUGGUGGAUUUAAACAUUUGCAACCCCCAGGCAAGUAAAAUGUUCACCCUU